AUGAGGGAACCACUGGAUAGUCAAGUUUGUGACUUUCCUCUACCUCGUCAUUUAAGAAGUCCAUCAGAUGAACGUUAUUACAUGGAGGUACAGGUUAUUUCCUUUGUUGAAGGUAUGCGUUCAAAGCUGGAUGACGAAGCAGUAUUGACAGUAACUGAUGGUACUGACCAUGACGAUCUUUGGUCUUGGGAAGAAGCACAUAGAGGUUAUGAUUUACAUAAUAUCGAAAUUCCACGUCUUCCAUCAAAUGAGAUAUUCUGUAUACGUGUUCCACCUGAGAUUGUACAGAAAGUAGAUAAAGAAUUGAGAUCUACUUAUUCAAAAAUGAGAGAAAAUACUACAAGACUUCAGAUAAGUAGGUAUCCUCAUGAUAAAAUUACCAUGAAAAUACUUGUUGAGUUGGAUAAAUAUAAUGAAAGAAUAAUAUCGAAAUUAUUAGAAAUUCGGUUUUAUGGAUCAGAAGAAAGAAGUGGUAUACAAUUUGAUAAAUAUUCUGGUAGGGGUCCACAGACUGAGUCUCCUGAAAAUCCCACUCGUUCUACCAAGGACCACGAUGUAUAUUUGACUCCAAGAGAAAUGUACAAACGGAGGAAGACUUUAGUGUCAAAAGGUGGUCAAUUGUCGGUUUGUUCAAGAGAUUCUUCUCAAGAAGAAAUGGAUGUAGACCUAACCUCAAUUCCUGACUUUAGUGAACAACGUAAUAAGAAGUCAGGGCAAUAUAUAUUCAAAAAAUCCACAAUCCCAGAUUUAAAGAACCUCGUGGAUGAUUAUGUGACCACGGUUCAAAUCUCCGCUACAUUGAAGACAAUCUACCCAUCCCCAUUCAUUGUUAAACCAUAUGGUAGAACAUUGAAAAUCGCACCAUUUAAGUUAUAUCUUCAAGAACAAGAAGAUGGUUUAGUAUUAGAAUUUAAUUCUGAAAGGGAGAUAUGUAAAUUUCUAGGAUUGAUCGAGAUUGAACAAUCUUUAGAAUGCUUAUCUAAUAUCGAGGAAUAUGCGAGAAUUCUACAAGAAAAGAGAAUUUAUGUUGAUAUUCAAAGGAAGAAACAUGAAUUAGCUACAGGAGUAACUCGCUCGUAUUGGACAUGUCUUACGACUUUGGAGGACUUGUGUACUGCCUACUGCCGAGUAUAG